AUCAUUUCUGUAUGAAAUUGCAGCUAACGUUUUGAUGAAAACAGGGUCUCUUGCUUACAGAGAACUGAGCUUGUCAUGUGGUAUUGAAAGCGAUUUAAGAAAGCUGGAAGAGACCUUGUCCAUCAUCAAAGCUGUGCUCUUGGAUGCUGAGGUUCAGCAGUCACAGAAUCAUGAGAUCCGUAUUUGACUUGGGAAGCUUAAAGAUAUCUUUUAUGAUGCUGAGGAUGUAUUGGAUGAAGUUGAAUGUGAUGCUCUGAGGAGACAAGUAGUGAAAGCAACACAAGGGAUCUUAUGGAGGUCCAUAAGCAAGGUAAGUACCUUCUUUUCAAAUUCUAAUCCUGUUGCAUUUCGUUACAGAAUUGGUCAUAGAAUGAAGGAGAUUGGAGAGAGGCAUGGCAGCAGAUAAGUCUAAAUUUCAGCUAACUGAGCGUGUGAGUGUUGAUUCUAGGUAUGUUUUUCCUCGGGAGAGAGUGAUGACUCACUCCUUUGUUCAUUCUUCUAAUGUUAUUGGAAGAGAUAGCGACAAAGAAAAUAUCAUAAAUUUUUUGUUGGAGCUUUGUGAUUUGGGAAAUGUUCCCCUUGUUCCUAUAGUUGGAAUAGGAGGUUUGGGCAAAACCACUCUUGCUAGAAUGGUGUACAAUGAUGAGAAAGUGAAUAGACACUUUUCUUUAAAAAUGUGGGUAUGUGUGUCAGAGGAUUUUAAUGUUACCAGGUUGAUGAAAGAAAUUAUUGAUUCUGCAACUGGUGAAUAUUGUACUAAGUUAACAGCUGAUCAGUUGCAAGCCCGCUUGAGAAAAACUUUGGGGAAAACUUUGGGUGGUAAGAAGUUUUUACUCAUUUUAGAUGAUGUAUGGAACGAAGAUCGAGUAAAAUGGAUUGAAUUGAGAGAAUUGUUGAUGGGUGGUGCAAAUGGAAGUAAGAUUAUUGUCACAACACGCAGUAAUCAAGUUGCAUCAAUUAUUGGCACUGUUCCUCCUUAUGUCUUAAGGGGUCUUCCCCAUGAGGAUUGUUUGUUUUUAUUUUUGAAAUGGGCAUUUGUAGAUGGAGAAGAGAAAAGGUAUUCAAACCUUGUCAAAAUUGGUGAUGGAAUUGUGAGAAAGUGUGGAGGGGUUCCUCUGGCGGUGAGAACUUUAGGAAGCCUACUUUAUGCCAAAACUGAUGAAAAUGAUUGGCUAUUCAUAAAAGACAACGAUAUAUGGAGGCUUGAACAGGGAGAGAAUGGCAUCCUUCCAGUAUUGAAAUUGAGUUAUGAUUAUUUGCCGUCUUACUUGCAAUGUUGUUUUGCAUAUUGUUCCUUAUUUCCGAAGGAUUAUUGUUUUGACAGCAGAUAUUUGGUCUAUUAUUGGAUGGCACUUGGACUACUUUUUAUCCCAAAUGACAAUGAAUUGUUGGAAGAUGUCAGGCUGCGGUAUUUGAAGGAGUUAUUAUCAAGGUGUUUCUUUCAAGAUGUUGAGGACUAUGGUUUUUAUUUUACUUUUAAAAUGCAUGACCUUCUACAUGAUCUUUCAGUAUUAGUAGCACGAAGAGAGUGCUUAACGGUAAAUUUUAAGACCCAAAAUGUUGAUAUAAGAGUUCGACAUUUCUCAUUGAUUGAUAAUCCUUUCAAUAAUCAAGAAGAUCCAAAUUUAUUAAAUAAUGCAAGGAGUGUCCGGACUUUUUUUCUCCUAAGGGAAAAUGAUUUUUUCACGGAAUCUUUUCUUAGUAGAUGCUUAUCAAGAUUUAAAUACUUCCGAUUGCUAAGCUUAAGCUCUAUACUUCGUGAUGUGUUACCAGAUUCUGUCGGUACAUUGAAACAUCUGAGAUAUCUCGACCUUUCUCAUAAUUUUUUUUUUGGCAGAACUCCCCGAAUCUAUUUGUCAGCUUCACAAUUUGCAAACCUUAAGACUUGUUGGUUUUUCAAUGCUGUAUAGGUUCCCUUACAAUAUGAA